AUGGCUGGAAGCAAGAACCAAACUCAGGUCAUGGCAGCUCGAUUGUUACGCACGCAUAGUGGAGGCGACACUGCUGAAAGUACAGACGAUACCACAGAGAAAAGAUAUGUUGUUGAGCAGUCCACGGUUUCUACCACUUGGUCGCACGUCGAAGACAUCGAAAGGUUCAUCGCGAACGAGGGUCUCGGGAGGGCCUUGGACCAGUUUUCAGAAUCGACCGCGUACACGUUCGCUAUUUCGGACUAUAUGAGGUACUUCCAAGAUAGAAAGAUUCUCUUCCUCGGCGAAACGGAUAACUUCCAGGCGUGGGCGAGACUGAAGCUGUAUCUUCUGAAACCAGACGAAGUUGAAUAUCUUCGCUUCAGCUUCCUCUCGGAUACAUCGAAGGUGGAGCACAACAUCUCUGGUCUUCCCAUCAACAUGUAUCCCUUUGGCCUCGUUGCAAACCAAGGUUCAAAUCUUGCGAGGGAGGAGCUGAUGGUGUUGGUGCGCUACGUGUUCAGGGAGGCUGCCGGGAUUAAUCUGCCCUUCUCGCUGGAAGCCAGAAGUACCUUCAGAAGCGCUCUGGUCUUCAUCCAAAAAGCCAUUGAAACGGCUGGAGGAAUUGUCUACAAGUUGACGAACAUUGGCCCACCGACCAGACUCCCGAAGAGUCUCUCAUAUACGUUAUCUGAUGAUUCGUCUACGAACAGACCUGAAGCCAUGGAGGCGGGUACGGAUGAGAGUGUGGCGCACAGAGCUUCAGAACGCUCUAAACCACGCAAUGUCUUCGAGGUGUCGGCUCAACCUAAGAUCAAGAAACCAGUCAUGAACAAAGUGCAACCCAAACCAAAAGUAAAGCCCCAGCCGAAGCCCAAGUCAAAGUCCACGGCUGCGGUGGUGCCAGCAAAGAGGUGGGCGAGUGAAGCUGGUGACGGAGACACAGAACGGUACCGGAGAUUGAGAGACCUGGAAGAAGAGCAAGCGGGGAUCGAGAUAGAAAAGGUAGAGAGCUCAGACCGUCAAGCGGACAGGAAGCGAGAAGAGAUUGCAGAUAUGGACCGACUGCUAGAGCUGAGAGCGCGCGGCCAGGCAAUGGACGAGGUGGAAGGUCGACUUCUGAAAGGCAAGUCAGCUCAGUGGUUGCUUGCCUGCCAGUGA